UUGCGGCACCACCAAACUCCUGACAAUAACAAAUAUCAAGCGAUGGCUACGGCGGCCGUUAAGGAAACAAAAACCGCUAUUACUCCGAAGAAGAAGACGAAGCCUUCACGUCUGUGUUUUACUCCGCCGGUCAACUUAAAAAACAACAAAAAGAACAUUUACUAUACCCGUUACGACUGUAUUGGAGAGGGUGGUUUUGCACGCUGUUUUCGUGUUAAGGACAACUAUGGAAAUGUCUAUGCUGCCAAGGUAAUUGCCAAACGAUCUUUACAGAAUGAGAAAACAAAACAAAAGUUGUUCGGUGAAAUUAAGGUCCAUCAAUCCAUGAACCACCCAAACAUUGUUGGUUUUGUUGAUUGUUUUGAGGACUCAACAAAUGUUUAUCUUGUUCUUGAGUUGUGUGAACACCGUUCCUUAAUGGAUUUGUUGAGGAAACGGAAACAUCUUACGGAACCCGAAGUCCGUUUCCUUAUGUUGCAAAUUCUCGGUGCCUUGAAGUACAUGCACAAGAAGCGAGUUAUUCAUCGUGAUUUAAAACUUGGUAACAUAAUGCUUGAUGAAAGCAAUAAUGUCAAAAUUGGAGAUUUUGGUCUUGCUGCCUUGUUAGUUGAUGACGAGGAACGAAAAAUGACUAUUUGUGGUACACCAAACUACAUUGCACCGGAGAUUCUCUUCAAUUCCAAAGAGGGCCAUUCUUUUGAAGUCGAUCUUUGGAGUGCGGGCGUUGUGAUGUUUGCCUUGCUUGUUGGAAAGCCUCCUUUCCAGGAUAAAGAAGUGAAAACGAUUUACAAAAAGAUCAAGGCCAACUCGUACAAGUUUCCUCGAGGUCUUGAAAUUUCGAAUGAGGCCAAAGACCUUAUUUCGUCUUUGCUUACUCAAGAUCCUAGUACGCGGCCAAGCAUUGAUGCAAUUGCCGACCAUGCCUUCUUUCAUACUGGCUAUAUGGCAGCCAGUUUACCAGACGAGGUCUUGGACCAAAAACCCACCUGGCCCACAAGCCAAUCUUCACAAGCAUUCCAACGCAAUCUUGACUACGUGGCUACGGCUUCAGGAGUUGGUUUUGGUAAAUCUGCUGGUAUAGAACAACAUAAACCUUAUGCUUUGCAAAAUGACCAAGACACAGACAAAGAACGAAUUCUGCCAAGUGUCCUCAGUCCUCGUGAUCGUGUUGUGCCGGUAAUGAGAAUUGGUGCUGAAGACCUGCCGGCGGCUGCGUACAGUAAUGCUACUCACAAAGCCUCUUUAGCGGCGGCGGCACCUCGUCGAGACUAUGCUGUUUCUCGGGUGACUGAGCUGCGUGAAGAAGCACUUGUAUCGAAACUUAGCGAGCAGCGAAUUAGUUCUUCAAAAACAACUGAAGCCAUUGAAUCCCAACGAAUGUCAACCCACGAAGUAAUUAUUGACACAGCGAAACCUGCAGACAAUGAGAAGUCCGUAUGGAUGAGUAUUCGUAAGCUUGCUUUGCGUAUUGGGAUGGCUAUUGAGACACGAGCGGCAACGAGCACUAUUGAUCCGCGGGCUGUUGAGCGUUGGCCUUCACUUUUCAUUAUCACGAAGUGGGUGGACUAUUCAAAUCGGUACGGUCUUGGUUACCAACUCUCCGAUGAGUCAGUAGGUGUUCACUUUAACGACUCGUCGUCGCUUGUUCUUUCACCAGACGAAUCUUAUUUCGACUACAUUGUCCACAAGCGCAAUCUUCCUCUCAGACGCUUGUUAUUUACGUCGACAAACAUUCCUGACGCUCUUAAGAAUAAGGUGUAUUUGUUAAAACAUUUCAAGAAUUAUAUGGGUCAGAACUUGUCGCUUGCCAGUCAAGCCAAACACGCUGCAUCCAACGGUGCAAAAGCGACACAUAUGGCUUUUAUGCAUAGUUAUUUACGAACACGGCAGGCAAUUUUAUUCCGCCUGAGCAAUGGCACCAUUCAAUACAAUUUUACCGAUCAUGCAAAGUUGAUCGUUUCCGGUGAAGGCACACAUCUUGUUUUUCUCGAUAAGGAAAAGAGACGUUUCCAUCUUUCGAUGGAGGAAGCUUGUUUUCAUUCAGAAGAACUCAAAGCGAGGCUGCUGUAUGCUCGCGAAACACUCGAACUCUGGGCCAUGAAACUCCGUGGCGGCAAUAGUCAAAAGGAAACGACGGACUAGACCGAUCAUGAUUUUGUUCUACCCAAACUAAUUUGGACACGUCAAACAGCCUAAUUUCUCAACAUUUUUUUUUCGCACUUUUUUAUUAAUUUCCCUUGCUCCUCUGCUUUUGUUCCGCACGUCUGAUAUACGUGGCGUGGACCACUAUUCCCUCCCUGCUUUACAAAAUUAAAAGGACAUAGACAGACGUCAAGGACAAGCAUUGUAAUUUACUGCAGCAGCUUAAACUUUUGGAUCCCUUUAAGCAUUCCUUCCCGAAACUACCUAAAACCAUUGAUGAUAUACUCGACCCCUUUUAUCCCUUCCUUUCAGUUUUUUAAACAUAUUCUAAAUGAAAGUUAUUUGAUUACGAAUGGUAUUGCGAAGAUAAAUUGUAUAAUAAAAACGAUGGUGCAAACAUUGUUCCAGAGC